CUUAUAUAUUUCUAAUUUAAGGCAAAUAAAUAGUUAAGAGUACCACCUCUCCUACUCAGAGAUUUCCCAGUUAAAGCUUAACAUUUUGCCCUCUCAGCUAUUCCAAAUCCUACCUUGUAUUAUUAUUAUAACAUCAUAUUAUUAAAGUCAUAUAUUUCUCACACAUGUAUAAAUCAUAAUCAUCUCUUAUAUACUUGUCAAAUUCUCAUUUCUAUCAUCAUUUUUUUCCCACAAGAAGAAGAGAAAUGGAUAUUGUGAAGGAAAAGCAGAAGAAAAAUUUGAUAGCCAAGGCAUGGGGAAGGUGCAAGUCUCUUGGAACUGGCUUCACAAAUAUUAACAAUACUACUAAUAAUAAUAUUAUUAAGUCUUCAUUGAGGAGGAGCUCCACAGUGGGCCCAUUUCCUCCGCCGCGGGCCGAGGGAGACCAAAGUCGGCGGCGGAGAAGGAGGAGGAGCCACGUGGCUCCAGAAGGCUGUUUCUGGGUGUACGUGGGCCCAGAAAAGCAAAGGUUUGUGGUGAGAGCAGAGUUUGCUAAUCACCCACUUUUCAGAAUACUUUUAGAAGAUGCUGAGCUGGAAUAUGGGUUUAAUAGUGAAGGUCCAAUUGUGCUUCCUUGCGACGUCGUUUUGUUCUAUAAUGUCUUGGCUGAGAUGGAGAAUUAUGAUCAGUUGAGUAAUAAUAAUGGUUAUGGUUGUAUAAAUAGUGGCUUUGCUAAACGAAUUUUGAGCCCAAAUUAUAACCAUAGUUAUGGUUCUUAUAGUUAUAAGCUUCUUAGUCCUUCACAUUUGCUUAAGAUCAAUCCUUUAUAACAAUUUUUAUGUAGUUAAAUAUUUAGUAUAUAUAAAACAGAGAUAUACAAUACAUUUCCUGAUUUGGUAUAUAUGAAAGAGAGGGAUAUGGCUUGCUUGCUUAUAUAUUGUAAUAUACAUUUAUGUAAUUAGCUUCUCUUUUGGGAAUAAGAAUAGUUAAAGAUUGUUGAUUUUUGUUAUUAGAUUA